AUUCUCCUCCUCUGCCAGGCACAUCAGUUCAAGCUGGCGGUGAACGGCUUGCACUUGUUUGAGUUUAAACACCGGGUUCAGGACCUGAGCACCAUCGACCUGCUGGAGAUAAUGGGAGACCUGGAGCUUAUGGAUGUCAAACUGUGAUUUAUUGAUCGAGCGCUUCUGCAUGACUGGAGGAAACAGUCCUAUAGGUUACUUGAAAGCUUACCACACAAACUUGUACCUUUCUGCUGACUCCACCAAGGUGCGAGAAGCAUUGGAAGAAGGUAUUGCAGCAGCCACCAUGUUCACCCCGGAGAAGAUGAAAGAAGUGUCGGACACUCAGCUUCGCGUGGCCUUUGACGGAGACGCUGUCCUUUUCUCAGAUGAGUCGGAACGCAUUUUCAAGGCCCACGGACUGGACAAGUUCUUUGAGCACGAGAAGGCUCACGAGAACAAACCUCUGGACCAUGGCCCACUGAAGGGAUUCCUGGAGGCUUUGGGAAAACUGCAAAGGAAGUUUUUUGACAAGGGCCUACGCAUGGACUGCCCUAUCCGCACCUACCUGGUCACGGCUCGCAGUGCCGCCAGUUCCGGUACCAGAGCCUUAAAAACACUUCGGUCGUGGGGUUUGGAGAUUGAUGAGGCGCUCUUUCUAGCAGGAGCACCCAAAGGCCCCAUGCUAGAGAAGAUCAGGCCGCACCUUUUCUUUGACGAUCAGAUGUUUCACGUGGAAGGGGCGGCCGAGCUUGGCACCGUGGCCUGUCAUGUUCCCUACGGCAUUGCACAGAGACUUGCAAAGAAAUGACUCUGUUACCAGAUUGAUCAAGAAGCCCUAAAUAUAAUUAUGUAGAGGAAACUACUUAGGUAUAAUGGUGGAUUUCCACCAUUAUAAUUUUUUUUUAUGUUUUAUUUAUGUAAAAAAAAACAAAAAAAAAAAUUUAUGCUAAUGUCAAUUAAUAUCAUUACACUAAAACAAAAAAGCUAUUUUAUUUCCAGAAUUGUCUGUCUAUAAUGUUUGUCUAUCAUAAAUGUGUUAAAUAUCA